AUGCUGGAGCUAGAUAACUAUCGGAUUCGCUACCAAGUACCUGUUUUUACUCAAGCGACUGUGUUUGUAAACAACCCAGGAGACUUCUCAGACAAAGAACGUUUGGAACUGAUGAACAAUAUGGUGGGAGAAUUCGAAAAUAUAACUGGAAGCUGGGGACCUGUUGGAACGAUGUAUUUUGUUCGGGAUUUCAUGCAGUUUGAAACCGCCUUAAAAUUUGAAGAAGAAGAGUACGAUUACGACCCUGAAGAACCUGAUAAGAAACGGCAUAGUGGUGGUCCAAACUUUAAAAACGAAGAUUUGAGUACCUUUCUUGUAUGGCCGGAAUAUGAUUUUUGGACAGGUUUUAUACAGCUCCAGAACGACACCAUUGAUGGAAGGUAA